CCCCAAUUUAACGCACCUCACUUAAAUGCUCUCUUUAAAAGUAAAUAUUUUUCUUUUUUCCUAUAAUUUCAUGAACCCAUCCACAGUUUCUCUUUGUAAAAGAAAACAAAAAGAGAAGGUGAGGAAAAGUUAAACACAAAGCCACCUGUUUCUCUCGUAGAAACCCACCACAAUCUUGUGAUCAAAUUGCUCAAAAACCCUCUCUUUUUUCGCAAUUCGAUCUUCAUUUCUUUCCGUUUCCUUUUCGAUUUUGGUUUUUGUAAAUGGGUCUAUCUUUAUGGGUUUUGUCCAUGCCUAUAUAAAGAUAAAGAGAGAGAAAGAGAGAAUCAAUUCUUGUUAGAUAAUUAUACGACCUCCAUAUAUGACGCAAAUCUGAAAGAAAGAAAGAAAAAAAAAUUAAAACCUUUUCUUUCUUGAUCGUUUCCAUAAAGAACACAGACUGCUUGCUUCUUUUAUCAGCAAUUUGUUUUUUCGUAAAUAUUUAUUCAUUUUCUUUUUCUGGGUUUUGAGAGGUGGGGUUUUUGGUUUUGAUACAGUUUUGUUGAUAAAAUUUUGAUUUUUUUUUUUUUUUUGCUUCUCGGAAUUCAUGGCUGCUGGUCCUGAAAUUUCUGUUGAAUCACCAGCAUCAACAGCAAUGUCUGCUUCUCCUGAUGUUCAUCAAUCUCCACCAAAACCCAAGGAUUCUAUCGUCAAGAGUGUCGAUAGUGAGAGUGAUAAUUCCGUCAAUUCCUAUGAUGAUAAUGGUUCAAUCAUCAGCCAUGUCGACUCCAAAAAAGGGUCUGAUUCUGAUUCGAAAUCAGAAAUGAAAAUGCAAGAUUUUGUUGAUAUGCUGUCCAAUUUGAAGUUGAAUCCCAUGGCUAAGGAAUUCUUUCCUUCUUCUUACUCUCCGAUUGAUCGCAAUCGUGAUCAACCUGAGUUUGCCCUCAAUUACUUCGUGCAACCUGCUUAUUACAAGAAUUAUCCCGAAAAUGGAAUUGAAGGGUACCCCAAUAACCGAAGGAGGAGAAAUAACUACAACACUAGACGAUUGUCUAAUGGAAGAUCUUUUCGAGCUCAAAGAGAAGACAGCAUCAAGAGAACUGUAUAUGUCUCAGACAUCGAUCACAAUGUGACCGAAGAGCAACUUGCUGGUUUGUUUAGUGGCUAUGGGCAUGUUUUGGAUUGUCGCGUUUGUGGAGAUCCACAUUCACGUCUCCGGUUUGCAUUCGUUGAGUUUGGUGAUGAAAACUCAGCAAGGUUAGCGCUUAAUCUUAGCGGUACGAUGCUCGGUUUCUCGCAAAUUACUGUUUUGCCCUCAAAAACCGCCAUCCUUCCUGUGAAUCCAACUUUCCUCCCCAGGUCAGAGGAUGAAAGAGAGAUGUGUGCAAGGACAGUUUACUGUACAAACAUCGAUAAGAAGGUUUCCCAAACUGAGGUCAAGAAUUUCUUUGAAACAAGAUGUGGCGAGGUUUCUCGCUUGAGGCUUUUGGGGGACAAUGUUCAUUCCACACGCAUUGCUUUUGUUGAGUUUGUGAUGGCAGAGAGUGCAAUCCUGGCGCUUGAUUGUUGUGGUCAACCUUUAGGAGCACAACCAAUCAGGGUGAGUCCUUCAAAGACUCCAGUGAGGCCACGUGUUGCUCGCCCAGUUCUAACCAACUAAACUUGAAAUCAAACAUCCUUAAGAAUGCAUCCAUGAGGGAGCCUUUGUUCUCGUUGAUUUUGUGAUGUUUUAUUUUAUUUUAUUUUUUAUUUUUCAUGUUGAGUAGCUUGAAGUUGAGAACGUGCUGUCUUUACUUGCUUGUGUCUGUGUUUCUUUCUUGUGACGAUUGUGAGCUCAAUGCUCAUAAUGGUUAUGGUUGACUUCUGGUUUUGACUUUGAUGAUUAUAUUGUCUGGUUCUUUAUGAUGUUUUCUGAAUGAUGUUAUAUUUCAGGGAGGAAAAUCGUGGUUGAGUUAA